AUGACAAAAAAAAGGGGUUGUACAUGUUCAUGUCGUCAAAUACCUCAUUAUAACUUACAACAAGAUAUACCGUAUACAGAAGAAGAUUUGUUCAGAGAUGUUUAUUGCAUUCGUCAAUUCAGAAGAAUUCAGAAUUUUCCUGAAAUUUGCAGAGAAUUUGAAAUAAAUAAGAAAAUAGUUCCCGAUUGUAAAGAAGGGGAUGAUUUCGAGAUUAAAUACACGUUUCCAAUAAUACCAUUCAGAUGCGACAGUGAAAAUGUUGAUUUUCUCGUUGGAUGUGACUAUUAUUUCAUAGAUAAGCAAUAUAAUAUAGGUUAUCUUCAACUAGUUUACACAUAUGAUGAAUCUAUCACACCAAUGGUUAAACGUUUUUCACAAAGAAAAACUAAGUCUGAAAAUUCUGUUGAGAGGAGAAUGCUUAAAAUUGCGAAAAUGUUAUUAGAACCAAUCGAAAAGAGUAUUUUUCCAAAAUCUGUCGAUUUAAAUUGCGAUAUAUCUAAAUUUUUUGAGUAUAAACAAUUGCUUCUCGAAACGUUUGAUAUCGAAGAACAUCUUCUACAGGGGGAUCCUCAUAAAGCUAUAUUUGAAUUAUCUAUGACAAAUGAACCUUAUCAUCUUUAUUGCCCGAUUUACAGAUAUUUUGCGAAGUUUUCAGAACCACCUUCUUUUAUACCUAAGAUUAACAAUCCUGAUAGAAAUCAAGACAAAAACAAUGAUCAAAAACAGCAAAAGAUUCAAUCUCUAAAACAAUUUGACGGAAAACCAGUCGAAAUAGAAAGAUACACUUAUCAAAGUGGAACAAAAUCAAAUGAUACUAAAUAUUCUAAUAUUAAAGAAGAUUAUGAAUUUCAAGAUUACAGUCUUUCUUACAAUCCGAUCCCAAAGAAAAAGUAUGACUUCUUAUUCGAUGUUAAAAAUGGAGAGCAGAAAAAAUUUAUAGAUUCUGAAGGAGAAUUUUAUCAACCUGUGAUUGCAUUUCGAGGAGUUUUCAAAGAUCGUGUCUUCUUUUUCUAUGGAACAAGUCUCUUUGUUGUAUCAAAGUAUGGUGAUAUAAGUCCAGGAUCACUCGUUAUAAUGCCCUAUUGUUACUGCCCUUUAUAUAAUUUUGACGGAUUUCGCGAUCCAAUUGGUUGGCUUGAAAAGAAGAUUGUUAAGGAGAUGUUAAAGUACUUUUCAGAAGACAGUAUUUAUCAGAAGAAUCCAGUUUUCUAUGAUGAUUGGGCAGAUGAAGGCUUACCAUGUUAUGGUAUUGAAUCUGCACAUUUUUAUCCAGAUUGUUUCAUUCCAAUGGGGGAUAUUAUACCGCAAAGCUAUGAAUAUUAA